AUGCCUCUUGUACGGAUAGAGGUGUGCGACUUCAAGUCGUAUCGGGGACACCAAACCAUAGGCCCGUUUAUGAACUUUACAUCCGUCAUUGGGCCCAAUGGAGCCGGAAAAUCUAACCUGAUGGACGCGAUAUCGUUCGUGUUGGGAGUGAAAAGCGCGCAGCUACGAAGUUCUCAGUUGAAGGACCUGGUCUAUCGCGGCAGGCGACUGGCGAAGAACAACCCUGACGGAGGCUCUGUGCCACCAGAAGGCGAUGACGACGAGGAAGAAGGCGAGGGUGAAGGCACCGCUAAGAAGGCAUGGGUCAUGGCUGUGUUUGUUGAUGCUGAGAAGAAGGAAUGGCGAUUUCAAAGGACGAUCUCCGUCGCGGGUGCCUCAGAAUACAAGCUAAACGAUAAAGUGGUCACUUACUCUGCGUACAAUGCAGCCCUUAUGUCCCACAACAUCCUCGUCAAGGCGAAGAACUUCCUCGUCUUCCAGGGUGACGUUGAAGCUGUUGCAUCGCAGUCACCCCGCGAACUCUCUCGCCUUAUCGAACAGAUUAGUGGAUCUCUCGAACUCGCUGCAGAAUACGAGAAAGCAAAGGAGGAACAAGAACGUGCCACGGACAAUGCCACCUUCAACUUUACCAAGCGACGAGGGAUCUAUGGCGAGAUCAAGCAGUACAAGGAGCAAAAGGACGAGGCUGAGAAGUUUGAGGCCCUCUGUCAGGAGAAGGAUCAACUCAUUCUAGACCGCAUCUUGACCAAACUUUAUCAUAUUGACAUGGGCAUCGAAGACAACACAAGGACUAUUGUCAAGAAAAACAAGGAGCUGACUGGGUACCGUCAAGAACAGAAGGCCCAUGACAAGGAACUGGAGACUGCUCGGGCUGAUCAAGCGAAGGCGAGAACGGCUGUCAUGCAGAAGGAGAAAAACAUCAAGAAGGCGGAGAAGGCUUUAGAAGGAAAGAGACCGGAAUUGGUCGCCACCGACGCUCAAAUCACGCAUGCGACGCGUAAAAUGAACAAUGCCUCGAAGACCAAGGAGGACGUGGCAAAGACUGAAUCACAGUUACAAGCCAAAGUGACGGCACUGCAACAGGAGCUAGCCAGCGUACGGAAGGCGGCGGAACGUGCACAAGAGGAGCAGCGGAAGGCAUCUCAGCACAACAUCGCACUCAGCGAAGAGAGUCUGGAGGAAUACCGAAACCUGAAAGCGUCGUCAAGUGUUCUCGCGGUGGAUGAGCGACAGCAGCUGGAAAUUCUUACUCGAGAAGAGAGAAUCGCUAGUCGGUCGCUGGCACAACUAACGGAAAAGGAGCAAGGGUUUGAGGAGAAGAAGACGACACGGGCUGAGGAGCUUAGGGUCCAGAAUGAGAAGAAGGAUGAGCUGGAAGAGAAAAUUGCCACUCUCCAGGCCGAACUCGCAAACGUUCGCCAGGAGCUUGAUAACCAGCAAGCUGAGAGAGCUAGGAUCAGUAAGCUGCAGAUGGAGGCGGACGAGAAGCUCCAGACUGUGUAUCAGCAAUUGUUGCAAGCCGGUGUCGACAGGCAAGAAUCAGAAAAGGAGGCAAGGAUGAAGGAAACUCUCGGCGAACUUGCAACGCAUCUUCCCUGGUGUUCGUGGUCGCAUCUCCUGGGUCGCAAUAUCGAUGCCAUCGUAGUCGACGAAGAGAAGACAGCCAUCGAUUGCAUCGAAUAUAUGCGCAACCAACGUGCCGGGCAAGCCACCUUUAUCCCUUUGGACACCAUCCAAGUCAAGCCCAUCAACGACAAGUUCCGUGCUUUUGGCAAAGGCGUACGGCUGGCUGUCGACGUUGUCCAGCACGAGCCUGCAAUCGAGCGAGCUAUUCAUCAUGCGUGUGGGAAUGCAUUGGUGUGCGACAAUAUGGAGGUGGCAAGAUAUGUGUGCUAUGAGAAGGGACAGGAGGUCAAGGCUGUUACGCUGGAAGGUACUGUCAUUCACAAGAGCGGCUUGAUUACUGGUGGUCGGAGUACACACGCCAACAGCAAGAAGUGGGAUGAAAAGGAUGUCCAAGGUCUCAUUCGUGCUCGGGACAGCUUGUUGGCCGAACAACGCGAACUCAGCAAGCAGAAGCCGCGCGGGAAGACAGACGAAGCCCUCGUCUCCGAUAUCUCGAGGUUGGAGUCGACCAUCACGGUGGCUAAAGACGAUCUGCGAGCAUGCAAACUACGAAUCACUGGAAUUAAAGACGAGCUGAAGCACAUCGAUAGGGAGCUGAAGACCGUUUCGCCUGAACUCAAGAAGGCACGGAAAGCGCACGGAAAUCUGCAGUCGAGAAUAGCAGAACUGUCCAUAACUGUCAACGCUGCAGAGGACGGCAUCUUCGUGUCGUUCUGCCGGAAGAUCGGCGUGUCGAACAUCCGAGAGUACGAGGAGAGACAGCUUAAAGUUGCCCAAGAAGAAAGUCAAGCCCGUCUUCGAUUUGAUACGCAGAUCGCUCGUCUGACCAACCAGUCAGAUUUCGAGACAGAAGGUCUUACCCAAGCCCAAAGUCGCUUAACACAGCUCGAUGGCAUAAUCAACGCGGAGAAAGCCAACCUCGCCAAGUUGCAACAACAAAAGGCUGCCGCUGAGCAAGACAUCGCCUCAUCCGAGGCAGCCAUUGAGAACCUGAAGGAGGAGCUUGGAGCGCUGCAAGAGACGCUUGAAGAGAAGACCAAGGUCGUCGAGCAGGUCAAGAAGACUGCGGGUAAGGCUUCGAAGGUCCUUGAUCAGGCUUUGAAGGAGAUUGCUAUUUGUAACGACGAGAUUGAGAAGCUGGCACAUGAACGAUCGGCCCUGUAUCGCAAAUGUCGUUUGGACGAGGUCAGGCUUCCUCUGCUCGAGGGUAAUCUAAAGAACGUACCGAUGGAGGAGAACCUCCGAGAAGAGAUGGCCAUGGACGUCGACGAUGACGAGAAUGGUACCCAACGACCGAAGGCUGUCGCAGACUACGGCAUCCAAGUCGACUUUGCCUCCAUCGACGAGGAUAACGCACAGAACCUCGUUGAGGCUCUCGCCCAGCUCGACAAGGAGAUCACGGAUAAGACUGCUGAGAUCGAAAGGAUGGCGCCGAACAUGAAGGCUAUGGAACGACUGGACGACGUCGAGACCAAGCUCGCCGACACCGAGCGCGAAGCCGAGAAAGCGCGCAAAGACUCCAAGACCGCACGGGACCACUUCCACGAUGUCAAGAAGCGGCGCUGCGACCUCUUCCAGCAGGCGUACAACCACAUCUCGGACCGGAUCGACCAGGUGUACAAGGAGCUCACCAAGGGCAAGGCUGCGCCCAUGGGCGGCGUCGCGUACCUGAGCUUGGAGGACAGCGAGGAGCCGUACAACGGGGGCAUCAAGUACCAUGCGAUGCCGCCCAUGAAAAGGUUCCGCGACAUGGAGCAGCUUAGUGGGGGCGAGAAGACUGUCGCUGCCUUAGCGUUGUUGUUUGCGAUCCACAGCUAUCAGCCUGCGCCGUUCUUCGUGCUGGAUGAGGUUGACGCGGCGCUGGACAACACGAAUGUGGCCAAGGUUGCGAAUUAUAUCCGCGCACACGCGUCGGACACGUUCCAGUUCAUCGUGAUUAGCUUGAAGGGGUCGUUGUAUGAGAAGGGCAACUCGCUGGUUGGGAUUUAUCGUGAUCAGGAGGUGAAUAGCUCGAGGACAUUGACGUUAGAUCUUACUCAAUACGACGAUUAG